UUGUAUAUGAAAAGUUUUUCAUUUGUAAACAAGAUGCAGGAAGGGCCCGGAAGUGUCCAGGAAGGGCCUUGAUAAUAAUAUAGAUUCAAAUGUUUUUCUAAUAAAACUAUUUACUAAAAUGAAAGUCUUACUCUAUUAUCUUCUGUCGUUUUCAGUGGCAAAUGCUGUAACUCAUCUGGAGCUCAACACAGAUCAUAUAAAUGUACAAAUAGGUGAUAAACCAGAUUUACAAUGUUAUACCGAGGAGAGUGCAAAUUUCCUAAUAAUGAAUCCCUUGACGUGGCAAAAAAUAGACAGGAAUGGUUCAAAGCUGAGAGUAUCAACGCUUGCAAAUGUUGAAACUCGUUUUGAGCAAGAAUAUGAUAUAAGACUAGAAGCUAAUGCAACAGGUCUUAUAUUUACAUUACAAUUUCUUCAAGGGAUAAAGGAAGAGCAUGAUGGAUUUUUCAGUUGCGAGAUUCACUCUCAAAAUGACCAGGUUUUAGCGGAAAAGUCAGUAGAGGUUUCUGUUAUUCCGGCCUUCACAAACCCGACAACCAUUAAUCUUUUUAGUACUACUGAAUCGCCAAGUGUCUCUGAGGGCCAAAACAUUUGUGAUUUCAGACGUAUUUUUCAAUGCUUACCGGAUGAAGAUUCAAGUUUAUAUACACUCUUUGUAUAUCCGAGAUUUAAUGAUUCAUCGAAGACAGAUCUGAUAUGCAGAUCUCUUGAAGAUAUAGAUAUUUGCACGAGACCUAAGUUAGAAUCCUGUUCAAGAGGUGCCCGUCUUUUGCGAGAUGUCGCGUUCUCUGGAGCCAGAUUUAUAUGUAAUACAGACAGAAAAGCCUUUCUCGAUAAUGUAGGAUGCAUGAAAAAACUGACAACAGCAAAUACUCUCUUUCAAUGUUUAAAUGGUAUACGUGAAGACCUUGGAAAAUAUUUUACUGGAGUGAAAGAUGUCUUCAGUGAAAGUGACAAAUUCUGCAGGUUAGCAACCAACUGGACAACAUGUUACUUGGAGACAGCAAAAUCUGUAUGUGACCACCAAGAGUACACUUAUAUGUAUAAUUAUGUUAGACAAACAUAUGCACCCGUGAACGAUACUUUACACUGUAAUCUAUUGUCAGAUACAGUACCCACCGGAAGUCACUGUUUAAGCUACCCUUGCUUAAAUGGAGGAUCAUGCAUCCAGAAUCCCGAGGGAUACGAGUGUUUGUGUCCUAAUAAAAUGUUUGGAAGCCAAUGCGAGCUCGGUGUAGACGGAUGUCCGGGGUACCCAUGUUAUAAUGGCGGAUCAUGUUUUGCUAAUGAAAGUGGACAAAGAUGUUUAUGUCCACAAGACUUUCCUGGUCUUCAUUGCGAAGGUACAAUUAAAGGCAUUACUACAGGAUCACCACCGGACAUGACACCUCAUAUUACGACACCAACACCAAGAAAGUGUGAAGAGGUACAGGCUGAUAUUUGUCGUCAAUAUGGUAUUACAAGAACGACGUUUCCUAACUUUUUCUCUGGUUAUUCACAAGCAGAUGCAUUAAGAGUUUUCAAUAAUCCUACCGUUCAAAGGAAUAUGAAUUGUUCCGAUAAUGCCAUGCUAUUGUACUGUGCUUCCCUUUUUCCAAAGUGUGAUAAUGGAAAGAGAGAGUUUCCAUGUAAAGACGUCUGUCUAGCUGUUUACAACGAAUGUGGGACGGUAUCAAUUCUGAAUGGUGUCGACGACUGCCGCUACUAUCCCACUGAAGAAUGUAUUUCCCCGUUACCGCCAAGGAAACAACCUUUAACAACACCAUCUUACACAAAUACGAUUUCAAGUACAACUAUAGACAGUACUACACCGGAAGAUACACCUGUGAUUACGACAUCAACACCAAGACGAUGUGAAGAGGUACAGGCUGAUGUUUGUCGUCAAUUUGGUAUAACUAAGACGACAUUUCCGAACUUUUUCUCUCAAUAUUCACAAGAAUCUGCAUUAAACACAUUCAAUAGAUACAUCAUUAAGGAGAAUGUCAGUUGUUCAGACAAUGCCACACUAUUCUACUGUUCUUCAUUCUUUCCAAAGUGUGACAAUGGAAAAAUUAAGUUUCCAUGUAAAGAACUCUGUCUAGAUGUUUACAAUGAAUGCGGAGGACCAAUAGCAGGCCUUGUUAAUGACUGCAGCUUCUAUCCCAACGAGGGUUGUAUUUCCCCGUUACCACCAAGGAUACAGUCAUCAGUAACACCAUCUAGCACAAUAACAUAUUCAAACCAACAAACACAUCAACCAGCUGUUUGUAACACUGCAAUAUAUGAGUGUAUUACACGUGUGGGAGAAACAUGGGUUCAAGACUUAAUGAAAGGAAGACUGUCGGUUAUUGCGUCUUUAGAUAUUGAUCAUGUAUGCAGGGUAUUGGUUCAGAUAUAUGAUUGUUCUUAUUCCCAACUUCAAAACUGCAGCGAUGGUUUUAAACUUGUUUUGUCGACUGUCGUCAAUUCUGCAAGAUACAUCUUUAAUACAGGCAAGCAAGGAUUCACACAUAACAGGCACUGUUUUACGUAUCCAACAAUUCUAUCUGAUUUGCAACAGUGUACACUGAAUCUAAUCAAAGAUUUCCCGGAUGUACAGAGUGUUUCUUUGGUUGAAAGUAGGGAAGACAUAUGUGGUUUAUUUAUGACAUGGAGAACCUGUAUGAUUGAGCCUAUAAAGAAUGAAUGCCACCAUGAUGCUUUACUUUACAUGCAGUCGCUUAUUAAUGCAUCUUUGGUAUCAGUAACAGACAAUCUUCACUGUAAUACAGGAUUUACUUCACAACCUACAAUCAGUUCUCCUGUGAUACAAUCUACAACGCAGGUACCAGGACAAUGUGAUUUUGAUGGUGCCCUCCAAUGUACUAGAACAGUAGGAACUGAUACACUUCAGAGAUUUGCUACUGCGAGUUUUACAAAUAUAACCGAGGUUGAAAGCUUUUGUUGGAGUCUUGAACGUGUUUAUUGGUGCAUAGGAACCAAGUUGGAUUAUUGUUCUAAAGAUAUCCGUCUACUACGAGAUGUUAUUUUGAGCGGUUCAAGAUACCUCUGUAAUACAGACAGAACUGCAUUACUGAACGGUAACGGAUGUAUUCAGAGGUUGGCAGUGGUUAAUACUACUGCACACUGUUCGAACAAUAUAGAAGAGUUGACACCAUUCAUUAUAGGGGAGAAAAGCGUCUUUAACCACUCCGUCGAAUUUUGCAGGAUAGGAACAAGCUGGACGACAUGCUUUAUGGGUACUGCAAAGUAUGUUUGUGACCAGCAAGGGUACUCAUAUAUGUAUAAUUAUACAAGACACUCUUUUAUGCCCGUCAACAGUGCACUGCAUUGUGAUCUAUUGUCCGGAAGUAUAAAACCAACUGCAGCAAGACCUAAACCAACCCAAGACACGGCUACAGCAGGAACAAACCAACAUCAAAGUUCAAUACCCAGUUUCACCACUAGAAAUAUAACACCAUUACCAACAACUACUGCUUCAUAUUCGUCAAUAUAUACAUCGACAUGCCAGGCAAUAGGAAUAUACGAAAACCGGGCAGGAUUUCAUGAAUGGUGUACUAACAACUGCAAUCUAGGUUAUUGUCCAGAAACGGUCUGCAAAUGUACAAGACAGAAUUAUGCUUGAUUGACAUUUUUAUUAAUAUGAGCUAAUAUAUCUAUUUAUACUUUCAUAUUUAUUUCAAAGUUGAUAGGGAUGAUUUUUGAAUACCACUGAUAUUUACAUCUUUUGUUUUCACCUAAAUCUUUUCUAUCUCGACAAGUACAUUUUACUUUCUUUGUGUACUAUUGUUUACUUUUAGAUUUGUUAUUUUUAUAUAAAACAAUGUAAUAAAGUUUUAGCACUGCU